AUCAUCAUCAUCAUCAUCUUGUUUUGGUUGGUCUUCCUUCUCUUGGCUUCCCUGGUCUGAUUCAUUUCCGUUCACCUGAGUAACCAGGAGGACAAGUGGCUGCAGCAUCUCCUGCUGAUGUUUGGGGCAGCCUUGUCUGUCCUGCUGCAGGAAGCCUUCCGCUUUGCUCACUUCAAGCUCCUCAAGAGAGCAGAUGAAGGGCUUGUGACCAUGAGCAAAGAUGGGCCAUUCCCCGGUUGGACCAAACAAAUGGCCUCUGUGUCUGGCCUCUCCUUUGGGAUUAUCAGUGGCCUCUUCUCCAUCAUUAACAUCCUUGCCAAUUCCAUUGGUCCCGGCACAGUUGGCAUCCAUGGGGAUUCGCCCUAUUACUUCAUUACUUCAGCUUUUCUGACCAUGGCCCUGGUUUUCUUACACGUGUUCUGGGGGACCAUUUUCUUCAACACCUGUGAGAAGAGGCACUACUGGAAGCUGGCCCUGACGACUGUCAACCCUCUGGUGAUAUCUGGGCUGGUGAGUGGAUCUGGAAGGCUUCCCAGGAUUUGAGCUAAAAUGUGUGUUGGAUCUGGUUCUCUUAAGAAGGCAGCACUGGGCUUCUACUCUUUCUAGAUUGGCCGUCUCCAGGACAAGAGGUCCCACCCACCCAUUCUUUCUGGGGAAGGGGGACGGGUUAACAGCCCAACAUGCCUGAAAGAUAGCUCUAAAAAGAU